AUGGUCCAGUCUCCAGAACUUCGGCAGAUAAUGUCUGGAGCAAUUGCGGCCCUCGCCGUCGGUUUCGUCGUCGAUGGACUUGUCCAGGAUGGCCAGGCCGUACAGACAAAACAGGGACACACACAGUGCGCCCGUGAAGUAGUACGAGAGGCCAAUGUUCUCGAUCUCGUCCUCGUAGCAGAGAUCGGCAGCAGCGUCAGCACACAAAAUCAGCGAGGAGAUGAGCGGCAUGUGCAGCAGAAACCAGACAAAGGCGGUGUUUCCGGACCGGCGGCAGGCGUGCACAGCGCGCUUGGAGCCGUCACCGUUGAAAUAAAGCCACAGCAAGCAGUACGCGAUCAGAAGCAGGAUAAUGGCGCGUCCUAUCUUCUCGGUGACGCCGAGACCGAAGUUGCGCUCGGCCGUCGUGGCGACAAUGUUGUACAGGAACUCGCCGAUCGCGAUAACGUAAAACGCGCCGAACCGCUCGACCUCGUGCUCGAUGUUGAUGGCCGUGCUAUACUUCAGCUUGAGCAGCUUCUUGGUGUAAGGGUGGUACGAAAAGCACCAGGAGGCCAGUUCCAAAAACAGGGUCAUGAAGCUGAGGCCGACCUUUGCACGCACGGGAACGAAGAUGACGGGGAUCCACAAGCAGCACGUGACGAUAAUCAGCGAGCCGUACAAUAUAUUCUGGUGCCGGUGUUGGGGAACGUAGAUUGCAUAGACUAG